AUGGCGUUGGUUAUAAGCCCUUCUUCUCGAAAGGGCCAGCGGGACGAAGUCCAUUUGCCUGUCCGAACGCAUUGCGAUGCGUGUGAUUUCUACCUCUUGGUCGGGGAGCCGUUUCUUUGCCUUGAAUGCCCUACUACAGGUCAGCCGAGGGUCUAUGGUCUUUUCAGACUCCCACUGCAUUGCCCCCUUGGUCAGACAUUUCACAGUCUGAGGCUGUGUCGUCAACCCUUCUGCGAUGCAUGCAAUGAAGCUCCGGACGUGGCUACACUCCACACCGAGUGCUUCAACGUCUUUAUGCAAAAGUGCACAGCUGCAGACAAGCUAGAGAGAUUGGCAUGCUUCGCCACGUGGAGAGAACCCUGGCAUGCCGGUCCAUCUCUGGGACUCCAUCCCCGUCUGGAUAUCAAGAGAGCAAUGCAUCUCGCCGCCGACCUGUGCGACAUGCAGAGGCUUCGUUCUCUUCCUCUUGAGAUUGCGGAAAUGAUUCAGCACCUUUCGGAAUCUGCUGUUUUCUGGCGCUAUGCUUCGGUGAUGGAACUCGUCGACCGUGCAUCUACGGCCUGGAAUACGGAAAAGCAACCACUCACCUCAUAUGGUAUCUCGGAGAUUGAUUUAUGGGAGCGGGGUCUCUCACCGACACUUACUUAUGGCUCACGUUCUUCUACUCCCAAUGCAGUUAUCCGCAUCAAGAUAGAUUCGUGUGGAAUCAGUAGCAUCGAGAGGCUGCCCAAGGCUCCCUCCCUCUCAAACUCUCGCUCUGAUUCCUUGGCCUAUAUUGCCGAGACCGAACAUUCUCUGAGGAAUACGACUGUUAACUUCAAGGUUUGUCUCACUUGA